AUGGUCGAGACUCGAGGCAAUCGGCCAUCUUUCGAUGCCACGUCCGAUCUCCCCUCAUUCCCCGACGAUGACCUGGACCAAAAGCCACACCAUCUUCUCGAGGACGAGGAACAUGGUACCCCUCCUGCCGCUAAGAAGCGUCGUAUGGACGCUGGCCCGGACGACGAGCCCACCUUCCAGCAAUCCCUGGACAGUUUAGAUCAACACGGCCCUGGCCACAAGAUUGAAGAAGAACUAGCUACUGCACUUGGUGAAAGCGUUGUGGACUCACUCGAGCCUACCGACCACCCUGUGGGUGAUCAAUCUCAAUCCGACCCAACCCUUACCCAGAAUGACAACUCCAACAUCAACCCUGAUGUCGCAUCCAUCAUAUCCGAAAUCAUGGACCACACAGAGCGUCAAGACCAAACGGUAGCUAUGGGCACGCAAGAACUAUCCCCGGUCGGCGAAUUCCCCGGUGCGCGGGGCUUCGCAUUCCUCAAAGCCAAUUCUCAUCUGAAGAUCCAAAGCUUACCCAUCCUGGAUAACUUGAACAGUUAUCAGGACCUUACUGCCAUGAUAUCCGAGCCGGAAUCCGAGAACGGCCAAGCAUACGCCACCAUGCGCUCCUUAUUCGAUCAUACCAAGAGGGUUUACACUGUGAAACACUCCUUCCUACAAACCUCCGAUCUUGAAAUCACCGAAUCAUCCCAAGUUGACAUCAUUCGCAAGGCCAAUCUGGCCUCGUUCGUUUCCAGUAUCUUCGGCUCGCAGGAAAUCGGGUUCUCGGAGCUGAACGAACACUUUUUGGACGUCUUUGUUCCAGAGGGUGGCCGCUUGUUGAAGGUUCAAGGAGCUUUGUACCUGGAGCUCAAGACCCAGGCUUUCAUUGCAGCCAUGAACAGUAAGUCUCGUACGCGGACUCAGCUUCUGUGUGAACUCUUCCCCGAUGACAUGGAACAACGACUACUGGGAAGACGUCCGGGUACCAAGCAAUUGGCUCCCAGCGAAACCGACUUUGUUAAUCGACUGUCCUCCCGUCGUGAUAUUCUCCUUAAUGACAUAAACAAUGAGGACGCCCUCAAGGCUUUGCCCGACAAGUACCACUGGGAGCACUUCCUUCGGGAUCUGAGUUCUUACAUUGCCAAGAACUUUGAUCAAAUUAAUUCCCAACAGGUGUGUUGCCACUCUUCCGUGCCAUUUCUUUUUCUCGAGUUUCAUGCUUACACUAGGGAAAGAAACCUAUCAAAGGACGCCAACCCUCCAGCUCCAAUGGCGAUGCCCAAGAAGCACCCAGCACCACCCAUCAAGGGCAGUUCUCUGUGA